GGCAUGGCGGGGCCCCUGAGGACCCGGGUGGAAGAGCUGAAGCGACCCUGGUGGCGGGAGAGCGCCCCACUAGUGCUGCAGCACAGCGAGGCGGCCCGGCUGGCCGCCGACGCCCUCCUGGAGCAGGGCGAGGAUGCCUACCUGCGGGUCAUCUCCGAGGAGCGGGAGCUGCCCUUCCUGAGUGCCCUGGACAUGGACUACAUGACCAGCCAUGCGCGCGGGGGCCCGGAGCUCGGCGAGGCCCAGGGACCCGAGGCCUUGGGGCCUGACUGCCUCAGCCUGCACUCCGAAGUCACCUCGGGCACUUACUUCCCCCUGGCCUCCGACAUAGACCCUCCGGACCUGGACUUGGGUUGGCCCGAGGUGCCACAUGCCACGGGCUUCAGCCCUACGCAGGCUGUGGUCCACUUCCAGCGGGACAAAGCCAAGAGCAUCAAGGACCUUCUGCGUUUCCUCUUCAGCCAGGCCCGCACGGUGGUGGCUGUCGUGAUGGACAUAUUCACCGACAUGGAGCUUCUGUGUGACCUCAUGGAGGCCUCGGGCCGGCGCGGUGUCCCUGUCUACCUGCUCCUGGCCCAGCAGCACGUGAGCCACUUCCUGGAGAUGUGCUACAAGAUGGGCCUCAACGGAGGGCACCUGCCGAACAUGCGUGUACGGAGCACAUGCGGGGACACGUAUUGCAGCAAGGCAGGGCGCCGCUUCACGGGGCAGGCCCUAGAGAAGUUUGUCAUCAUUGACUGCGAGCAGGUGGUGGCGGGCAGCUACAGCUUCACCUGGCUUUGCAGCCAGGCCCACACGAGCGUGGUGCUGCAGCUGAGGGGCCGCAUUGUGGAAGACUUUGACCGGGAGUUUCGCUGUCUUUAUGCUGAGUCCCGGCCGGUGGAGGGAUUCUGUGGAGGUGAAGAUCCCCCGACCCCCAGGGCACCGCGCCCUCCCCCAGUGGCCUUGGCUUUUGGGCCAGGAGUCCCCAGCACCACAUCCUCAUCACACUCCAGCACCAGCCUCAGCAGCAUCAAACGCUCACCUCGCGUGGGCCACUCGUACCUCGCUCUGCCAGGAGGCGGUGACCACACUGACAUGGGUGUGGGGUCCUCAUCCCCCGGCCCUACCCUCUGUGAGGCCGAUGGCCAGCCCUCCCUGCAAGGCCAGCUGUCAGACCCUAACCACGGCCUGCUGCUAGGGCCCUACAGGGCCAACCUGAGCAAGCUGGGGGCAUCCCCCUGGUGCCAGUCUUCCCCUGCCCUCAACCACAAUAGCACCAGCCCCGUGACCCUGGCAGGGGGGUCACCCCUGCUUGCUUGCUCUCGCCCUCUUCUCCCGUUUCCCUGGAGUGUCUCAGCUCUGCCCCAGUUCCCAGAGAAUGGGGUCCCAGGAAGCCAGGAGCCUAGGCCCUCACGGGGCCGCUGGGUACCCAGCACAGCCCUGGAGACACUGGAGGAGAACAAGGCAUCUCUGAGUCAGAGCCAUGGCCACCUGGAUCUCCUUGUUCCCUUCCCCAGAGCACGAGAAGCAGGAGGCCCUGAUUUGGGGGUGGCCCGCAACUCAGGCUCUCUUUGGCCUGGUGAGCAGGCCCCAGAGGACAGGAGGUUGGCCCCAAACCAGAGAUACAACCAACUGGAUUUCCUGCCCCAGGCCCAGGGUGCCAGGGGAGCCCCUGAGUCAGGCUCACCCAAGGUUGGCAAUUGGACCCCAGAGGACAAGAGGCUGUCCGCAAACCACAGCCAUGGCCAACUGGACCUCCUGGUGCAGUCCCCCCAGGCUGGGGGCUCCAGAGUGCCCCCUGAAGCCAACUCUCCAGCCAGGGCUGGCAAGCAGGGUCCAGAUGAACGACGGCAGACCCUAGGCCACAGCCAGCUGGACCUCAUCACAAAGUUUGGUCCAUUCCGGGGUGAGGGGCCUGGGCCCAGUGAACUCCCUAGGCUGAGCCCUGCUCGAAAGGCUGGAGUGGACUUGGGGGAAGAGAAGCGGCGGACACUGGGCCACAGCCAGCUGGACCUCAUCACCAAGUAUCAUCAGUUGCAGGGCGCCAGGCAGAGACCCGAGCCCAGCCUCUCCGGGGGCCCUGCAGGUGGCCAGCGCAAUGGCAACAGCAAUGGCCUGUCUGAGGAUGAGAAACGGCGGACCCUGGGCCAUAGCAAACUGGACCUCAUCACUAAGUACAACAAGUCCAAGUUCAAGUUGCUCCGAAGCCGCUUUGAGACCUAG